AUGGAGGUGGCUGGACAUGUCUCCCUGCGGCUCCGAGGCUCUCACUUCUGUGGCGGCUCCAUCCUGACGCAGCGCUGGAUCCUGACGGCCGCUCACUGCUUCUCCUCGGUCUCCAGGGAGUUCCUCAGGGGCGUGAGCGUGGCCGUGGGGGAGUUCGACCGCACGGUGGACGAUGAAGAGGAGCAGGUCCUGGGGGUGAAGAGCGUCUCCCUGCACGAGAAGUUCCAUCAUGCCUUGCCCAUGAGCCACGACGUAGCUCUGGUGGAGUUGGACCAGCACAUCCGGCUCGGGAUCCGAGUGCAGCCGAUCUGUUUACCUUUACCUGAUGAGAACAUCCCCCCCCGGACCAGGUGCAUUGUGGGUGGAUGGGGCAGGACAAAGGAAAGAGGUCGACUUCCUGCGGUGCUGAGAGAGGUCCAGUUGGACUUGGUGGAUCCGGCCAAGUGUCAAUACGUCCUGCAGACGCUCCGAGGGCCGGUCCGACCUCGGGCCGCCAUGACGGUUGUGUGUGCCGGGCCGGAGAGAGGAGGGAGGGACGCCUGUCAGGGCGACUCCGGGGGCCCUCUGGUAUGUCCUGCAGGGCCCGGCGGGGGUCACAUGGUGGCGCUGGGCGUGACCUCCUGGGGUAAAGGGUGUGGGCGGAGCUGGGGCAACAACAGCAUCCGCCCCCCCUCCAGGAGAGGCUCCCCGGGGGUCUUCACCGACGUGCGGCUGCUGCUGCCCUGGAUCAAACGUGAGCUGCGACACGCAGCAGAGAAAGAAUUUAUCAGGUGAGUUAUCACAGCCACAGUUAUUCAUCUAUAUUUCAUAAUGUGCACGUGUUCUUCUGAUGUACUGUGUGUGUCUGUGUGUGUGACUGUGUGUGUGUACACAUCAGGACUCUGCAGUGUGAGCGAUGGGCCUGUGAUUGACAGCGAGGGCGUCAUCAGAAACCCCGCCCUCCCUGGUGAUGGCUAUGACAACAACGAGUUGUGUGUGUGGAGGAUCACUGCCCCCCCAGGUCACUCCCUCUUGUUGGAGCUUGAGCUCUUGGAUCUGGAGAAUGAGUCCAACUGUCGCUACGAUCGACUCACUGUGUCAGCAGGGAGCCACAGGCCUGUAGGUAUAUUCUGCGGACGUGCCCCACACAGCCCUCUUCUCCUGAGUCUCUCCCAGAAUGCAACACUUCUCUUCUCCUCAGACGUUAGCAGAACAGGAAGUGGCUUCGUCCUGAGGCAUCGUGCUGUCCAGGGACGCCCUGAUCCUGGUUGCGGGACAAUUGUUCUCGUUGAAGAUCAGACUGUUGUCCAAACCCCAAAUUACCCACAAUCCUACAGUGAUGACUGCGUGGUCCGCUGGGUGGUGUACGCUCCCCGGGGUCACGUUGUUAAGGUUCAUUUCACCGACGUGGAGCUCGAGGAGUCGGACAGAUGUUUGUACGACUCCCUCACCGUCCUGGCAGAUGUGGAGCGAACGGAGGAGAUAGCGGUGCUGUGCGGUCGCACUGUUCCUCCUCCGGUUCUGUCCUUCCACAACGUCAUGGUGCUGCAGUUCAGCUCAGACAGCAGCAUCACACACAGAGGCUUCAGGGCCACGCUGUCAUUCAUCAGCCGUGCAGACCUCCACCGCGCAGACAGCAGAGCUGGAGUCCAGGCACCAGGAGACAUGAGGACACUUCACCGACAUCAUGUGACCGUUCACCAGCAGCACGGAGCCUCUCAUGUGAACCUGGAUGAAUCUGACUCACAGUCCAGGAGCAGAUCUGAGUCCUACCGGGAUGAAGAGGAUCCCAGUCUUCAUCAUCUGGACCUGAGCUCAGAUGACGAAGACUCCAGUGGAGAAUCCUCAGGGACCGUGUUGUAA